GAUAGUAAAGUCACAGCAAUUGUUCUUGCGGUAGGAAACUUUAAAUUUAAAAAUAAAGUUAAUUAUCUGAAGAAUUAAAAACAUAUAUAUUUAUUUAUUUUUACUAGAAGGCAACGAAUAAAUUUUUAAAAAAUAAUAAAACAGUAGGAAUCGUUAAGGACAAACAAGUUUUUUAAUCUUCAGUCAUUUUCCUGAGCCCGUACGCUCAAGAUCGGUCUCUUUAUAUAACAGCGUCUGGAUUUUUAUUUAACAUCUCACUUUCGCAAUAACUAUUUUGCGUCCGUCUUCUUCUUCAGAUAAUCAAACAUUCUUUAAUAGCAAGUCACACUACAUAACACACGUGUAUUUAUCUAUCAGUGCGACUUUACUUCAUCUGACGUGUAGUUCUUUUUUUUAUGUCCGCUCAAUUUAAAAUAAGUUAUUGUUUAUUUAAAUUUAAAUAGUAAAUAAAUAAAUAAACCAAAGAUGAUGCGACAAAUUUCGGAAAUUUCCUAUGUUGGAGGGUUUAAAAUUAUAAAAAUGAUUAAUGAACAAGACAGAGAAGGCCAAGUGAUAAUUCCACUACAGUACAAUAAUUCACACUGGAAAAGUAUUUUUGAAAAAUAUGACUUGGAUGGUGAUGGUAAAAUAUCAUAUCAUGAAUUAAAAGAAAUGAUAAGAGGCUCAACAUAUAAUGACGACAUUCCUCCAAGAGUUGUGAGAAUAAUAAUGCAGAAAGCUGAUUUAAAUGACUCUGGCUAUUUAGAGUAUCCAGAAUUCAUAGCAAUGAUCCACAGAAAAGAUAUGCAAGGAGUAUUUGGACAUUUUUUAAGCCGCUAUGUCCAUAAUAUGGUACCACAAAGACCGACUCUUGAGACACAGUACAGCGUAAGGCCAUCUGCUGAUUUUCCUGAUGGUCUUUAUGAAGAAGAGUACAGUUGCAAACCACCAGCAAUUGCUAUGAUCAUAAUAUCAAUUAUUGAAAUUAUUUUAUAUCUGUAUGAUGUAAUCGUAGACAAGACUAUAGAUGGUCCAGCAUCGACAUUAUUUAUUUAUAAUCCUCAUAAAAGAUAUCAAGCUUGGAGAUACUUCACUUACAUGUUCGUCCAUGCUGGUGUAUUUCAUAUAGUGGUUAAUCUACUGGUACAAAUAAUGCUGGGAAUACCCUUGGAGAUGGUCCACAAAUGGUGGCGAGUGUUGAUAAUAUAUUUAGCUGGAGUUGUCGCUGGAUCUCUUGGGACAUCUGUGUCAGAUCCAAAGGUAUAUCUUGCUGGUGCAUCUGGUGGUGUCUAUGCGCUUAUUACCGCUCAUGUCGCUACGAUAAUAAUGAACUGGCGGCAAAUGGAAUUCGCUGUAUUACAGUUGUGUGUUUUUAUUAUUAUAACUGCGGUUGAUGUUGGCCAGGCAAUUUACAACAGAUAUGUACUGGGUACCAAAGAUCAAAUCGGUUAUGUUGCUCACUUUGCUGGUGCUAUUGCUGGAUUACUUGUUGGUAUUAAUGUUUUACGUAAUCUUGAAGUACAAACAUGGGAAAAAGCCGUCUGGUGGGCUAGUAUAUUUACUUAUAUUGCACUGAUGACUGCUGCUAUUCUAUGGAACGCAUUGUAUCCGUCAUAUUUUCCCGAGCCUAUUUAUGAUUCGUAGUAAUUAUUUAUUGUUUAUAUUUAUAUAAACUUAAGGCAUUCCCAGGCAGUGUCUCUCCCCCACUUUUUAAAAAUAUGCCAUUACUUCCAACUAUUAGCGUAUCAAAAUUUUUUCAAUUGAUUAAAAAAAAAUUAGAAUUAAAAUUUCUCAAUUCUCUAAUUUUUUUUAAAUUAAUUGAUAAAAUUUUGAAAAUAAUUUAAAAUUUUCAAAAAUUGAAGGCACUGUAUACGAAUGGCCUUAACAUGGACUUAAUAUCUAUUAAAUUAUCAGUAUUUUUUUUUAUUUUUAUCAUU